CUGCGCUUCAACAAUGGUGCCGUUGAUGAUGACGAUGACGAUGACGAGGAGGUGGAGGAGGAAGAGAGCGACGAGGAGGUGGUGGUGGAGGAGGAGGAGGAGGAGGGAGGGGAAGGGGAGGGCGGCGCGGCCGGCGAGACGGAGGGGAAGGGCUCAUGCGGCGAGAAGGAGAGGCAGAGUAGCCCGCGUUCGUGUGGUAGCUCUCCCUCUCCUGGUGAGGAAGUUUCUGAAGAUGAAUAUGUUCAGGUUGGUGGAGUGCUGGAAAGAAGGAAGAGGAAAGCAACCGUGACACCUGGCAAGCUGCAGAUUUCUAAAAUUGAGACACCUCAUAAGCUGCAGAUUUCUGAAGUUCAGACGCCUCAUAAGCUGCAGAUUUCUGAAGUUGAGACACCUCAUCAGCUGCAGAUUUCUGAAGUUGAAAUCAAGAGCAAAGAAGUUCAAGCUCUUGUGCUGGCUCAGGAUUCUCAAAGGAUCUCUCAAGAGAAUGAGAAUCUGAGGUUGCAGCUCGCUCUCAAGACAAAGGAGCUCGAGCAUGAAGAGAAUCAGAAGCUCAGGUUACAGUUGGAGCUGAAGAACAAGGACAUUGAAUCCCUGAAAAAGCAGAAUGAUGAACUGAAAGCUGAGAUCGAGUACUACAAGAAGACUACAAAACCACCCAGAGUUGCAAGGCGCUGCAGAUGGUGCGAGGAAUAUACGACCCACGACUACCGUAAUUGCCCUCAAAGAAGGUCUUAUUAAGAACAGGAAGGAGACGACUCCAACUAACAUUAGGAUUCAGAAAUCUUCAAAUUUACGCCUUUACGCCCUGGAGCUAGGAUUCAGAAAGAUGGUUAUAGCAAUGCCUCAUUUUGCUUCUUGCUAGUGACGCUUUUAGGUGCCAGUCUAUGUUAGUUAAUUAAUAAUCAUAAAUCUGCUUCAGAACAUGAGGAUUUCUGCACUUUAAUUAAUCUUCAUAUGAUGUGAACUUAUGUGUUAUCUAGUAGUCCUAGCAGUAGUGGAAGUGUUAGUUUCUGCGUACUCAGUGAGGGAAAUGGGAUGUCCCCUAAAACAAGUUCUUUUGGGACAUGAACAAGAACUAGGAAUACUUGUCUCAUUGUCUGUGAUCAAUCGAUCGUUGAUCAAGUUAUUCAUUUUUAU